CUUACAGUCACACGGCUACUAUAUCAUGCUUAUCGACAGUCGACAAUUCCGUCGAAUGAUCGUUCUAUCCGUCUGUGUAAUAUUUUGUGAAUUCCGAUCGGUUCGUCAAAUCAAUUUAUUUUCAAGUCGACUUUGCCAUUAGGCAUUAACCAGCUGUUCACAGUACGCGUGUCUCUACACCGGGCGUCGUCACCGUUGCCAAAUUUUCCGCCAAAAACACACCACUCAUCCCUCACUCCGCCCCACCACGCCUACGACACAUCACAACACAACAAGUGGUCAUGGGGUGCCGCGUAAAAUCGCAGUCGUUGUCCGCUCGUCCAUUGUUUAUAUUAUACCCAUCUCAUAUCUUAUAUCAGUCGUAUCUCGCAAGCCGUAUUCUUGUUCAUUAUUUUAAUAUUGCACCUUGCACAGUUGCACUUGGACGGAUAAAUCAUGGUCGUCUCCGUCGAGGAAGUCCGCAAUGAGUUGGAUCGCAUCUUCGACUCGAGUUCGUCUGACAUUCAACGAAUUACGAAGUGUAGAAUUCUAUUGAAUAACGUAAUUUCAACAUGGUCCACCGAUGUUUUGGAAAUGUUGAAAGAAGUCAUCAAAUUCCUUGCUCAAGAUAACGUCAACCUGUUCGUAUCUCGUCAGAUGUUCUCCGAUUUCUGUAUGCGGCUUUUACCCGUAUUGCCGGACUCACAGUAUAAGCUAUUGGCUCAAUUCAUGCUAAAAGAAAUGCAACCGAGAGAGGUUAAUUUUGAAUAUCAUAUGUCCAUUAUCUGUCACCAUUUAUCAUACAUUUAUGAGAAAGAAGAAAAUUGGAAGGAAGCAGCCAAUUUUCUAGCCAGCAUUCCAGCAGAAUCGUAUUACAGAUUUUCUGUUGAUUAUGAAAUGGAAUUAUACUUGAAAAUUGCACAACUUUACAUGGAAGAUGAUGAUCCAUUGAUAGCGGAUCCUUACAUUAAAAAAACUUCAGUGUUGAAAUUUUUAACAUCAAACAAUGAUCUUCUUUUAACUUAUAAAGUUUGUUAUGCACGAAUGUUGGAUUUCCGUUUGAAAUUUAUUGAGGCUGCACAAGAAUAUCAUGAAUUGUCUAACUGCCAAUCAUUAAAUGUAAAUGAACGUUUGACAGCAUUGAAGAAUACCCUUGUCUGUACGAUAUUAUCAUUUUCCGGUGAAAUUCGAACUCAGUUGUUGAAAUCAUUGUUUGAUGAUGAAAGAUGUAAAAUCUUUAUAAAAACUUCAACUCUUGGAAAACUAUGUUCGCUUCAAAUCAUUAAAUCUCAUGAAAUUAAUGAGAUAGCAAAAUUGUUGUUGCCACAUCAGAAGGCCGAAACAAAUUAUGGCACAUCUAUAUUGGUUGAAGCUAUAGCGCAACAUAAUAUUCAAUCUAUCGAAAGACUUUAUGAAAAUAUCAAAAUUGAGUCACUUGGCCGCUUGUUGGGAUUUGAACCAUGUAAAGCCGAAUUAAUGGUAGGAAGAAUGAUAUCCGAAGGACGCAUAGAAGGUUCAAUUAAUCAGAAAAACGGUUUUAUAACAUUUAAACUCCGAAACCCAAAUGAAUUGUUAGAAUCUUGGACUGAAAUUAUUGAAUCCCUGAACAAUCAGUUUAACCGUAUGAAUGAACUCUUAUUGGCAAACAGUUCAUUACAGAAAGAUAAGAAAGAUCAUACAGAUGUUUAAAUGUCAUUGUUGGAAUACAAUUAAUAAGAGGUUUGCAAACGGUCAUUUAUUUAAAUCAAAACAAAUAAAUCUUUUGUCAAUCACACCAAUGAACAUUGUCAUGGGAUUAUACUCUUGAAAUUUUAAAUGUUGACAUAUUAAUGAAAUCUGAUCAGUUUAAAGAUGUCUAUCGGUAGGAUUGACUAAAAGUACAUACAUAUGAGCAUAAUAUAUCUGUUAUUGUUCACGCGCAAGACACAAAGUUGGUGACUUUUUAACGCUCUGUUAUUAAUUUUUUAUUAUAGUCUCACACACUUAUGAUUACUACACAUACAUUUACAAGAUCAUCAUGCACACACUUAAAAAAUUACCAAUAUUGAACUCUGAAAAAUGUUUUGUUUGCAAUCCCCCUAAGUACAUUGAUUUAUGUAUAUUU